AUGUCUUCAGUGUUAGUAGGAGGUUCAGAUGCGGCAAUUAAUGCUGCACAAGCAGCAGCUCUCGUAAACAGCAGUAAAUAUCGAGCUUACGUUGCAUCAGUUGAUAAAGCUUUAAAGGCAUUCGAAACGACGAAUGAAUGGGCUGAUCUCAUUUCAGCUUUGGGUAAACUGAGUCGAGUUUUUCAUUCAAAUGCAAAAUUCGGCGAUAUUCCAAAGCCAAUUACAGUUGCAAAGCGUCUUUCACAGUGCCUUCAUCCGGCUCUUCCACAUGGUGUACAUUUAAAAGCACUGGAAACUUAUCGCCAAAUUUUUGAUAUUUUAGGUCAGAAGGAUUUAUCGCGUCUACUUUAUCUUUUUUCUGUUGGACUUUUUCCGCUUAUGGACCAUUGCGGUAUCAAGGUCAAAUCUGAAUUGUUGAGUAUCUUUGAGCAAUAUUUAUUGCCAUUGGGUGAAAAUCUGAAACCUUCUUUACCGGGUUUUAUUACAGCACUUCUUUUGGGUCUUGAAGAAGGAACCGAGUUUUUUGAAAGGUCUUCUUUAUUACUAAAUCAAGUGCAAGAUAUUGUUGGAUCAGAAACUUUCUUCGCUUGUUUGUGGGAAGCUAUACUUGGUUCGCCAUCAGUUCGUCUAUCUGCUCUUAUUUAUGUGAAUGCAAAAUUUGAUAGGAGGAAACCUAUGGAUGAUCAGUUAUAUAUAAUGGGCAAUAAUGUUGAUCACAUGAUUGCUGCACUUUGCGCAACGGCAGACGAUGAUGGAUCAGCUCUCGUUCAGCGCCAUUUGCUUGAUUUUUUGUCGGCAGCUUUUCCUCUUAAUUCAGAUUAUCUUAUGCGUGAAGAUUUCGUCCAGCUUUUGAGGCGCUGUGUUUUUGUUAUAUUGCGUCGAGAUAUGAGUUUGAACCGUCGAUUGUAUCAGUGGAUUCUUAACCGAUCUGGCGAUUCAUCAGUUGGUGCUUUACCUAUAGGUGGCGUUGAUGAACAGCUUGACACGACAUUUUUUAGGACAUAUGCGCUACCUUUGAUUAAGGAUGCUAUUGAGGAAUAUCUGAGGUUAAACGCAGUUGAAAUCGCCGUUAGUAGUGCUAAUUGGGAUGGUGGAAAGGAACGGCAACUACAGUUUACCGAAGUGAGAGUUUGUCGAUUACUGCUUUAUUUUUUGGAUCGUCCUGAAUUGGGUAACUUGGUUUUGGAAGAAACACUUUCUAUGUUGUUGAUGUUUUCUGCGGAACAAGAUGAUCAGCUGAAAUCUGCUUUUGAUGAAAUGCUCAAUUAUGAAAUUAAAAAAUCAAGUGUUUAUUAUCUUCAUUCUAUGACAAUCGGGAAACGACGCGAGCUUCUUUUGAAACAAGCCUCAAUCUUUUCAAAUAGAAGUGAAGCAACGAUAUCUUCCAAAAAUAAUACUGAAUCAGAUCAAGCAAAACGACUGAAUGAAUUUGCGAAAGUAUUAAACUUGUUGUUGAAUUCUUUGGAUAUUGGUUUCAUCUGGAAUUUUUUAUCAUAUCGUCUUGAAAUGUUCGUCUCAUCAAAAUAUAAUUUUUUGUUAUUGAAUCCUGAAGUAUUGGUUAAUACUACUGAUUCUUUAUUAAUGACAAAUGAAACACUAUAUUUGAAAGAUGAAGCUCGGCGAAGAAAUACUGAGGAACUUCAGAAAUUUCCAUUGGUAGUCUUUAUUCCAAAAAAAUUGAUUAUUUUAUUCUGCCUUAAUAUUGUGGAGCUUGAUUUUCAUAGUGCUAUUCGUGAAAUUCACUUACCCUCUUUACUAUUAUCUCUGCUGUCAAAUUUGAGGAAAAAUGUUGCAUCUGAAAUCGAUAUAAAUUCCUUGUUAUCGUUUAUUUCAGUCGCCCGGGUCAUUCUUUUUCAGAUUAAUCACAGCAUCCUUGAUUUUGAAGGGACAGUUCGAACAUCGAAUAGUAUGAAUGAGAUUGAUUUGCACGGUAGUAAAAAUUCUUCACCUUUUCAUUCAGAGUCAUCAGUUUUAUCCAGUGUUGUUAAAGAGCAAGGGACAAUUGAAAGUUCUCUUAAGGAAUGCCAGAGGUUAUUGGCUAAACUAUGUUCUUGGUAUUGUGUUGAUCGAUCGGUUGCUCGUUUAAAGGUGUUUUUGGCGAUUUCAACGUUGCAGAUGGAAUUUGCGGAUUUUCCUAUUUACUCGCUAUCUACAAAUAAAUCUUCUUUACACAACAACAAAUCACCUCAUAUUUAUCCAGAAUGGCUCAAAGGCCUUUUCGAUGUUAUAUUUCUGGAUUUAUGGUUGAAAUUUAAAUUAGAUGGGGAAUUAAAUGGUUUGCAAGAUGUUAAUGAUUUUUUCGCUCGCGCUGUUGCAUUUGAUCUGUUUUUUUAUAUUUAUGCUCGUACCGUUUCAUUAUUUGAACAGUACUCAGUGAUUAAUCGAAAGGAAGAUCCUUUUGAUGUUGUAGCCACUGAUAGGGAUAACAGAUCUAAAGCAACAACUACCGUUCUUCUCAAAUCUGUUUUAUCAGAGUCGAAUGUUAAUCAAAUAGAAAAGGAUGAAAUUUUCCAGAAAGCAACACGGUUUGCAUGGGCGUUUUUAGAUAGUUCUUUUAAUGAAAUUUCUGCCAAAAUUUUGUUAUUAUUGCACUCGCGUCAAAUAAAUGAACCAAGCAGUGAAGUUGAAGAUUUAAUUAUUGCUCAUUUGACGAGCUCGAACAAGUCAGUAAGUGGUGCAGCUGCUAGAAAAUUCCGUAUAUUGUGGACGAUUAGUCGAUUUCCUAUAAGCAAUAAUUCGUAUCCCGGAUUGUCGUUCAAACCUUUCAACAGAAUUAUUAUGUUUUUGCUUGGAAUUUUGACAGAUGAUAGUGUAAGUUACGAAAAAGCUGAAUUGAAAAAUUUGGCUGCAAAUUGGUUCAAUGAUUGUGCGAAACACAACGAUCUGCCGAAGAUUUUGCAGGUUUUUGCAGUAAUGCUUUUAAAUCCGACAACUUGCCGUAUUUCGAUCCAAUAUCUUUCUAUGAACGAGAGAUUUAGCAAAGAGCAGAUGCCUAAUAUGCCGGUUGGCAUUUGUCUGAUUAGUUUGUUGGCUGAAUCUGGUAGGCAUUCACUCUAUCAUUUGUGUGAGGAUAUAUCGGUGUCUGAGCGAAAUAUUCCAUUAUCCACUGAAAUUUCUCUAAUACUGGAGCGAUUAUUUCUUGAAAAUGAUUUUCCAUCUUGGUUUAAUGAUUUAAAAAAUCGUCUUUUGCAAGUUGGAGAUACGAAUCAUCAAUUAGAUGUCAUUGAAAGCAAAAAUUCUCAUAAAAGAACUAUAUCGGAUAUACCAAUUUUCGAUGAAGACAAUGUAGGUGGCUUGUCGAUUGAUUCAGUUGAUCAUGAUGUUGUGGAUGCUCUUCAAUACGUUGUCGAUAGUAUAUGUGCGAUGUAUGGAGAUGCUGAUAAUCAACUAUUUUGCAGUUUUGAUGAGACCGGUCAAUCUAAAAUGACAUCUCAUGCUAGGGAUGAUUAUUUUCUAUCUGAAAACAAUUUUCCAGUUUGUAUAGAACAGAGUGCAUCUGCAACUAUUUCUCAUUCAAACUGUAAAACAGUUAACUCAGUUGCUCCUACAAAGCCCAAAAUUUCUGAUGUCAGCACGGUUCUAGCAGAUAAUAUCAAAAGAAUCAAAAGUGGCCAUCGAAGACAAGAUUCUCUGCAAGAAAGUAUUUUCACAAUGUCAGCGCAGGAAUUGAAGUUAUUUGAUACAUCUGAACUUCCUCGAAUGAAUACAGCAGGAGAUGAAAAGCAAUCUCUUUGUCAUGAGUUGCAUGCUCAUAUGCUUUUAUAUGCUGAAAGUGGUCGAACAGUUGAUCUUGGUCGAGUAGAAAAAGUUUUUCGCAUGCUGAUCGCUCUACUAAGAAUACAACGUGGCUUUAUGGCUUCAAGAAUGAUUGUUAGCUGUAUGGUUUCUUCUGGUAUAACUUCUCUUCCUAAACCUUCAACUAGCUCUAUACAAUUAAUUGAUCUUUUAUCGAAACAUAUUCGCGCCAUACUUGGACAAGAAUUUUGGUCAAGCAAUGAUGUUGGAAGUGACAGUACCAAAAACAAACAUUAUACUUUUCUUGAACUAUUUAUUACUGUAUCGCUUUAUUUUUUGCGGUCUUAUUAUUUGAAUUCCCCUACAGCACUAGUAACAGAUGAUGAUUUACGUAUCGCAUGGAAAUGCAAGAUGGCUGCCUUAGAUUUUCUUUCUGAAAUUAUUCGCGAAUUAAUUUCAAUGAUUCGUGACAAUCAAUCACGCUCAUUGGUAGCUUUUAUUCAUGGAAUUUUACAACGUUCUAAGCUUCAAAAAUGUCUUCUUCAUCUGUUACUGACUUCUGUGCAUAAUAUUAGAAGUACAGCAGAAGAAAUUUUACCAUUAUCGGUUGAUAUAUUGGAAUUCAAUGAAGGACCAUCGAAAUAUUCUGACCAGUUCGCUGACCUUUUUUCUGGUUACCAAAGUUCUUUACUUGAUUUAACUGCAGUUGUUAUUCAAUUGGAACUGGAUAUCAAAAAUGGAUUCCAAGAUUUCACUGAUCAUACUAUAAAUGGUAUAUAUAUCGACAAAUUAUCCAUCAAUCAUCAAAUAUAUAAUUCACCACAGCAUCGGUCAACACUGCGUGAACCUCAUGUAGGAAUGGUCGAAUUACGCAUGUUUCUGUUGACAGUAUUAAAUGCCCUCAAGCAUAAUCCUUUUCGCCACGAACAAUGGCAGUUAUUUAUCGUCCAAAUUCUUCCAUUUUUGGAUAGGUCUUUACCAACGUUUUCUAUUCAUAUCGUCGAGCAAUUAUGCAAGAAUAUCGAAUCAUCUGUCAAUACUUUUUUUCGGAGUUCAGAUGAUUUAUUAUCCACGAACUCUCAGAAUUCUCAUCUCCAUAAUCGUGAUUCGAUUGUUUUGGUUUAUCCGCCGAAUUACAUUAUUAUUGCUCUAGAAACACUUACAACGUUCAUUCAUUAUUGCCUUAUCGAUAAUGCUUCAGUUGGUGCCAGUGGUUCAACGAUGACUAAUGCUCAUGUUCCAUCCUCGGCUAUAACUUCUUCACUGUCGUCGUCAAUGAUGAGUGUCAUUCCGGGAACGAAAGGAGCAACUGAAUUAAUAUCCAACCUUGUUAAAGUCUUUUCUUUUGGUGAUAGUACAUCAAUGGCAACAAAUGCAUCCAUCAACAAAUUUUCUGAACGGGCAAAUGGAGGAAGUUGGAAAUUGGCGAAGGAUGAAAUGCUUAAUGCUUUUCCCCACAUAUUGGCUACCAUAUGUGAUGUUUGGACGUUAACGAAAGAUAGUGAAUUUACAUCUGUAGGAAGUACUUCGCAAAUUCGGCGUUUGAUACUCGAGCUUGCAUCGCCAGUUGUCCAGUACCAUCAGCAAGCGUUUUUUUCCGCUCUAUCAUUUGUUUGGCUCGCAAAAGCAUCAUCAAGUUCUCAUAACCAGUUGAUGAAUCGAGUAGAGCCGGAUCAGGUCUCAUCUUUUGAAUAUUCAAGCUCUCAACUGGAUAUCGCUGAUCUUCUUUCAAACAUUAAAAAUUUACCUUUCGAAAAUCUUGUUUCAUGUAUCGCAGAUUCUCUUAAAGAAUGUGCUGGAAAAACUACAAAGAAUAUCCCUUUUAUAGAAAAACAAAACACAUCGCCUUCUGAAGUUGCGAUGUUAGAAAUACUUCAUGGCUAUAUACGAUCCGCACCACCUUCUUCAUUGCUUGGUUGUUGGUCUUCACUUCAAAUACUUUUUACUGAUGCUCCAAUUAUGAAUUUGCCACCAAAAGCUGUUUUUAUUUUAUUUAUUAUUCUUGCGGAUUUCGUUCGUUUAUCGGGAAGUACGUCCAUCAUCGAAGACAAACAAAUGUCGCGAGCAGUACAAGAUGCUUACCAAAAAAUGAUCGAUGCAGUUAAUGUAAUAAUUGGUUGGCAACUUGAACAAACCACUUGGUUAAAAAGAACUUUAGUUGUAAAGCAUGAUUCAAGCCAGAAGUCCCAAGAAACCUCACCUGUUUCGGAAUUUGCUACUAUUUCCUCCAUUGCUACAUCAGAAACCAGUUCUUUACGAGGAUCAACAAGUUCUUUGGCGACUUCCAAGCUAACGAACUUUGAAACAUCCUCUUUGGGUGUUUCGCAGCAGUCGGUUUCCAUUUUAUCAUCACUGCCCGAAAAACGAAACUCUUCAAACUUGCGUUCAAGUCUUAAAGAUAAUAGUGGCUGCAAACGUGAUCCUACUUAUAGCACGCAAGCUUUAUUCCUUUUGGCAGAGAAUUUGGCUGAGCUGGUCGACUCCAUCUGUAAAAGUGAGGAUAAAGAACGUCUAUUACCAUCGCUUCAUGCUGUUUGGGCAAAUACUUUGCCUUAUCUGAAAGCAAAAAAUGCGAGAAACGCGCGUUUUUUUUUGGCUAGUUCGCAAUUGUUGGCCUCAAUAAGUACGUUUAGUUAUAUGAGGUCAGUUUGGAGGAAAUCUACUUUGGACCUUCUGCUUGAUCCUGCUUUUUUCAAAAUGGAUUUGCAAUCUCUGAAGCAGUGGCUAAUUGUUAUCGAUCAUUUGAUGACACAUGAUAAGACUUCUUUUAAAGAAUUAUUAGCCCGCAUAUCGACCACUCCAAAUUCAACUCUCUCGAGCCUAAUAACUAGCAAAGAAGCAGAGUAUGAUAUGCGUGCUCAAGCUCUUAAAAGAUUGGCAUUUAUCGUGCUCAGUUCUGAACUUGAUCAAUAUAAUACCCAAUUACCUGAUAUUCAAGAACGGUUGUCGGAAAAUUUGAGGCUUUCGCAGGUUCCAAAUGUACAUUCGCAAGUAUUUCUUUGCUAUCGCGUUCUGUUAAUUCGCAUGAGACCAGACCAUUUAGUUAGUAUGUGGCCAUCUAUGGUUACCGAGCUGAUCCAUGUUUUAUUGCAAAUAGAACAGCAGCUUACCGGCACUGCCAAUGUUUCGGAUGAUUUAAAGUGUGACCGCAAUGAUCAGUGGAUGCAAUUGUAUUUAGCUGCCUGCAAAUUGUUGGAAACUUUGUGUACACUACCUUCCGGCUAUAUAGCGCAAUUUCAGAUGUGUCACUGGGCCUUUGUUACUUCAAUUACCGCCAGUAAUUCAAAUUUUUUCAUUCCUUUUGCUGGGCGAAUCGAACGACUUCUUCGCACUAAAUAUGGCAACCUAACUUCGAACGAACGAAAAUUGGUUUCUGCAUCAUUAAUGAACGUCAAAACCUUAACAAGCUUCAGCGAACUUCGAUGCUUUUUUCUUGCAUUGGCUAAUCAAAAUAAGUAUCUCUCAGUAGGAAAUCAAUUGAAUUUUGACAGGGAUGGUCAACUGCGCGAUGCUUGCUAUAUGAAUGGUACGUUAUCAUAUAAGAAUGCAAUCAGUCGGUUAGAGCAUUCACUUUAUAUUGAUUUUGCUGAACAUUGGCAGUUAUAA